UGUUUACCAAUUGUUAAUAGUAAAAAGCGAAAGAUAAAAAGACAGAGAUUGUCUGAUAGUAUUUAAUUGUAAGAGAUAAAUUCAAUUCUAAUUCAGUUAAACAAUUUCAUUUAACCUUCUUCAACCCCUGGAUCAGACUCAAUGAGUUUAUUAAUAGAUCGUCUCAACCUACACCAUAAAUAUAAUUGAUCCUUGCGAGUGAAUCUUCAUUGAAGAAUCAACAACGAAGAGACUAAUCAAGAUUCAUAUCAUUCAAGUAAAUUAAAUUGUUCAUUUGGGUGAAAAGUACAAUCAAUAAAUCGCUAGAAUGACAAAUAAACCAGUUAUCUUUGUAAUCGGUGGACCGGGUUGCGGAAAAGGAACUCAAUGUGAAAAAAUUGUCUCCAAGUAUGGAUUCACUCAUUUAUCCACUGGUGAUCUACUUCGAGAUGAGGUUAAAUCGGGCUCUGAACGAGGUAAAAGGUUAAACACUAUCAUGGAAUCAGGUCAACUUGUUCCGUUGGAAGAGGUUCUUGGAUUACUCAAAGAUGCGAUUACGAAAAAUGAAGGUUCGAGCAAAGGAUUUCUCAUUGAUGGUUAUCCUCGAGAGGUUGACCAAGCAAUUAAAUUCGAAGAGCAAGUUAGUAAAUGUACUUUCGUUAUUUACUUCGAUGUGUCUGAUGAUACGAUGGUCCAGAGAUUAUUGAAACGAGGUGAGACCUCAGGUCGAGUUGAUGACAAUGAGGAAACAAUUAAGAAACGAUUAGCAACAUUUCAUCAACACUCUGACCCAAUUCUUGACCAUUACAAGGAUAAACUGGUCAAGAUUCCAGGUGAACGUUUACCUGAGGAAAUUUUCUUGGACGUUUGUAAAUCAAUCGAUGAUAAAUGUCACUAUUGGAUUACAAGAAGAUUAAGAUUAAUUCAGUUCACUGAUAAAAUGAGUUGUGAUGUUUUUAAUUUGAUUCCUUGGUUUAAUCAAUACUGGAAAUCAAAGUCUAAAUGUAAACCAGUUAUUUUCAUCAUCGGUGGACCAGGAAGCGGAAAAGGAACUCAAUGUGAAAAAAUUGUCUCCAAAUAUGGAUUUACUCAUUUAUCCACUGGUGAUCUACUUCGAGCUGAGGUUAAAUCGGGCUCUGAACGAGGUAAAAAGUUAGGUUCGAUCAUGGAAUCAGGCCAACUCGUUCCGUCGGAAGAGGUUUUUCAAUUACUUAAAGAUGCCUUUACGAAAAAUGAUAAUUCGAGUCGAGGAUAUUUGAUUGAUGGUUUUCCAAGAGAGGUUGACCAAGCAAUUAAAUUCGAAGAGCAAGUUAGUAAAUGUACUUUCGUUAUUUACUUCGAAGUAUCCGAUGAUACAAUGGUCCAAAGAUUAUUGAAACGAGGUGAGACCUCAGGUCGAGUUGACGACAAUGAGGAAACAAUUAAGAAACGAUUAGCAACAUUUCAUCAACACUCUGGCCCAAUUCUUAACCAUUACAAGGAUAAACUGGUCGUGAUUUCAGGUGAACGUUUACCUGAGGAAAUUUUCUUGGACGUUUGUAAAUCGAUUGAAGAUAAAUGCAAUUUAACAAUUUAAAA